UCCAUUUGUAGCAGGGUCCCCCUCCGACGCUCUCCUGACACAGCCAGAAGAAACCAAACCGUACCGGGCCCAUCGCAACCGCCAGCCGCAACCAUGAACGGCACAGAGGGACCCUACUUCUACGUUCCCAUGAUGAACACCACCGGCAUCGUCCGGAGUCCUUAUGAAUACCCUCAGUACUACCUUGUCAACCCGGCGGCCUACGCCGCCCUGGGGGCCUACAUGUUCCUGCUCAUCCUCGUGGGCUUCCCCGUCAACUUCCUCACCCUCUACGUCACCCUCGAACACAAGAAGCUGCGGACCCCUCUAAACUACAUCCUGCUGAACCUGGCGGUGGCCAACCUCUUCAUGGUGCUGGGCGGGUUCACCACGACGAUGUACACCUCCAUGCACGGCUACUUCGUCCUGGGUCGCCUGGGCUGCAACGUGGAGGGCUUCUUCGCCACGCUGGGCGGUGAGAUUGCUCUGUGGUCGCUGGUGGUUCUGGCCGUGGAAAGGUGGGUGGUCGUCUGCAAGCCCAUCGCCAACUUCCGCUUCGGCGAGGACCACGCCAUCAUGGGUCUGGCCCUCACCUGGGUCAUGGCCUCGGCCUGCGCCGUGCCUCCCCUGGUCGGCUGGUCCCGCUACAUCCCCGAGGGCAUGCAGUGCUCGUGCGGAGUCGACUACUACACGCGUGCUGAGGGCUUCAACAACGACACCUUCGUCAUCUACAUGUUCACCUGCCACUUCCUCAUCCCGAUGGUCAUCAUUUUCUUCUGCUACGGACGCCUGCUGUGCGCCGUCAAGGAGGCCGCCGCCGCCCAACAGGAGUCCGAGACCACCCAGAGGGCCGAGAGGGAGGUCAGCCGCAUGGUGGUGAUCAUGGUCAUCGCCUUCCUGGUGUGCUGGGUGCCCUACGCCAGCGUGGCCUGGUUCAUCUUCUGCAAUCAGGGAUCCGAGUUUGGACCCGUCUUCAUGACCAUCCCGGCCUUCUUUGCCAAGAGUUCGUCCGUCUACAACCCGCUGAUCUACAUCUGCAUGAACAAGCAGUUCCGCCACUGCAUGAUCACCACCUUGUGCUGCGGGAAGAAUCCCUUCGAGGAAGAGGAGGGAGCGUCCUCCACGAAGACCGAGGCCUCCUCCGUCUCCACCAGCUCCGUGUCUCCUGCGUAAGAGAGGCCGAACCAGAGAAGAAGACUUCCGCCCCGACCCCCGGGAAACGUCUACAGAAAUAACUUUUUGUAUUUUUACAAACGUGUUGGUUCAACCUAAAGACAGUUGCAGAACAUGUCAGCCCACUACAGAGAUGUUCCUGCAUGUACAGAUUAUCCAACUCGAAAAAUCACAUAGAUUUUUUUUUUUUUCUGAGAGGAAAGGGAUGAAAAAAAAAUUUAUCUUUUACGGUUGGAUCCUAUAUGAUACUGGCUUAUUUUUGAAUGUAGAGGCAUGUAAUCAAAGCAACGUAAAAUAAAACGCACUUUGCAAAUGACUCCUGUUUAUGUUUUACUGUAGUACAUUUAAUCAAAUGAAUAAAUGUGAAUUACUUAUUCAUAAUG